AUGUCCAGCUCUUUGAAGUCCUUUCAGAAGGUCAUCAUUACAGCUGCUGAGGAUGCGCGAGGACCUGGCCGCCGGGACCGGGUCCAGGCACCGCGUGAGAAGCUAUGCCCGUGUCCCAGGAGCCGCUGGGUGCUGCUCUGGCUCUGCUGCUUCCUGGGGGGCCCCCGGGCCAUGUUCGUGACCAGGAAUUCCAGGCCCAACAUUGUCCUGCUGAUGGCCGACGACCUCGGGGUGGGGGACCUGUGCUGCUACGGCAACAACACAGUGAGCACGCCCAAUAUCGACCGCCUGGCAAAUGAAGGUGUGAUGCUCACUCAGCACCUGGCCGCCGCCUCUGUCUGCACCCCAAGUCGGGCAGCCUUCCUGACUGGCCGGUACCCCAUCCGAUCAGGGAUGGCGUCCCCCUUCGAAGUGAACCGCGUCUUCAACUGGCUUGGAGGCUCGGGGGGUCUUCCCACGAAUGAAACCACCUUUGCUAAGUUGCUGCAGCACCGUGGCUAUCGCACGGGUCUCAUAGGAAAGUGGCACCAGGGUCUCAGCUGUGCCUCCCGGGAUGACCACUGCUACCACCCGCUCAACCACGGCUUCGACUACUUCUACGGGCUGCCCUUGGGCCUUCUGAGCGACUGCCAGGCGUCCCAGAGGCCGGAGCUGCACCGCUGGCUGCGCAUCAAGCUCUGGAUCUCCACGGCCGCCCUCGGGCUCAUCCCGGUCCUGCUGCUCGUCCCCAAGUUGGCACGCUGGUUCCCCGUCCCCUGCUGGGUCAUCCUCACCUUCGCCCUCAUCGCCUUGCUCUUCUUCAUUUGCUGGUACUCGAGUUACGGGUUCGUGCGGCGGUGGAAUUGCAUCCUGAUGAGGAAUCACGAAAUCAUCCAGCAGCCGAUGAGAGAGGAGCGGGUCUCCUCCCUGCUGCUGAGGGAGGCCCUCACCUUUAUCGACAGGUACAAACGCGAGCCUUUCCUGCUCUUUGUGUCGUUUCUGCACGUGCACACCCCCCUGGUCACCAAGGAGAAGUUUGUGGGGCGCAGUAAAUACGGCCUCUAUGGGGAUAACGUGGAGGAGCUGGACUGGAUGGUGGGGAAGAUCCUGGCCGCCCUGGACCGGGAGCUGCUGGCUAACCGCACACUGGUGUACUUCACCUCAGACAACGGGGGCCGCCUGGAGUCCCAGGAGGGCGGGUCCCAGCGGGGCGGCUGGAACGGCGUCUACAAAGGUGGCAAGGGCAUGGGUGGCUGGGAGGGUGGCAUCCGUGUGCCGGGCAUCUUCCGCUGGCCGACCGUCCUGGAGGCAGGCAAGGUCAUUGACGAACCCACCAGCCUGAUGGACAUCUACCCCACCCUGUCCUACGUGGGCGGCGGGAUCCUGCCUCUGGACAGACCCAUCGAUGGCCGCAACCUCAUGCCCCUGUUGGAAGGCAGGGCCCCCCACUCGGAGCACGAGUUCCUCUUCCACUACUGCGGGGUCUACCUGCACACGGCCAGGUGGCACCAGAAGGACUGCGCAACGGUGUGGAAAGCCCAUUUCAUGACCCCCAACUUCUCCCCGGAGGGAGCCGGUGCCUGCUACGGCAGUGGGAUGUGCCCCUGUUCCGGGGACGUCACCUUCCACGACCCCCCGCUGCUCUUCGACAUCUCCAGGGACCCUUCGGAGGCGCACCCCCUGAACCCCGACGACGAGGCGCUCUUCGAGUCGGUGGUGAAGAAGAUCGAGCUGGCCAUCCGCGAGCACCGGCGCACGCUGGCGCCCGCGCCCCUGCAGUUCUCGCUGUUCAACACCAUGUGGAAGCCGUGGCUGCAGCCCUGCUGCGGGGCCUUCCCCUUCUGUGGCUGCGACAAGGAGGACGUCAUCCUGCCCACGUCUCUGUGA